GCCACUCUCCUCUCUGUUUCGUCUCCGAUCACCACCGUCUCUAUCUUCAUUUACUCUCACCAUCGCCGUCGUAUUUCGCCUUCACUACAGCUCCUUCUCCUAGACUUCAUUCUACCAAAAUCAGCUCCGAGCCAAAGCCACCUAGCAGAUGAACGGAAAAUUUCUUUUAUUGAUGUAAUCAGGGAACUUUGUUCACUUUCAAUUUAUCUUGAAUUUGCCCAUGGAUCCUUAUGCAUUGAAGGCAGUGUCUGACUUGCCUAUUCAUUUUCGCUCAGCAUUUAGUUUCAGAUAUUUCAACUCAUUGCAAAGUGAGUGCUUCUCCACAUGCUACCUUUCAGAUGUAAACAUGGUCAUUUCAGCACCAACUGGAAGUGGAAAAACUGUACUUUUUGAGUUGUGCAUAAUGAGACUUCUCUCCAAGUUCAUCACCUGUGAUGGGAAGUUCAUUCAUCAUAAAGGGACCCUUAAAACUAUCUACAUAGCCCCAUCAAAGGCCCUUGUACAAGAGAAGCUCCGGGAUUGGAACCAGAAGCUUGGGCCACUGGGGAUAAAUUGCCUUGAACUGACAGGUGACAAUGAGUACUAUAGUGUAAAGAAUAUACAAGAUGCUGACACCAUUCUUACUACACCUGAGAAAUUUGAUGCUGUGACUCGUUAUCGGAUAAAAGAUGGAGGUUUGAGCUUUUUCAGUGAUAUAGCACUUGUGCUUAUUGAUGAAGUCCAUUUACUGAAUGAUCCUCGUGGAGCUGCACUAGAAGCAAUAAUCAGCAGAAUUAAAAUGCUUGCUCGUAACCCUGAAAUGCAAUCAAGUCCAUUAUCCCUAGUUCGUUUUCUAGCUGUUUCUGCUACAAUCCCAAAUAUCAGUGACCUAGCGGAGUGGCUUAUGGCUCCACCUCAAGGAAUUAAAAGAUUUGGUGAAGAAAUGAGACCUGUAAAGUUGACCACCAAAGUUUUAGGGUAUACACCUGCAAAAAAUGAUUUUUUAUUUGAAAAGCGUCUUCAGAACUAUGUGUUUGAUCUUCUCAUGCAAUUUUCUGGAGGAAAAUCUGCCCUGAUUUUUUGCUCUACCAGAAAAGGUGCACAAGAAGCAGCACAACGACUCUCUCAAACAGCAAUGACCUUUGGUCAUUCAAGUCCUUUUAUAAAAAGCAGAGAACAACAAGAUAGAUUGAGAGAGGCAUCGUUAUCAUGUAGUGACAAACAAAUGCAAUCUUACAUACCUUAUGGUGUUGGAUAUCACAAUGGUGGACUUCCUUUGAAAGAUCGUAAUCUGGUUGAGGGCCUAUUUCUAAAUGGCGAUCUUCAGAUUUUGUGCACCACGAAUACUUUGGCCCAUGGAAUCAACCUACCAGCACAUACUGUUGUCAUCAAAUCAACACAGUAUUUCAACAAGGAAAAAGGGGUCUACAUGGAAUAUGAGCGAUCCAUGGUAUUGCAGAUGUGUGGAAGAGCAGGUCGUCCUCCAUUUGAUGACACAGGAAUGGUCAUUAUUAUGACUCGAAAAGAAACUGUCCAUUUGUAUGAGAAUUUAUUAAAUGGAUGUGAGAUGGUGGAAUCACAGUUGCUUCCAUGUGUAACUGAACACCUGACUGCAGAGAUAGUUCAAUCAACUGUUUCUGAUAUCACAAGGGCAAUUGAAUGGAUGAAAUGUUCAUAUUUGUAUGUGAGAAUGAAAAAGAAUCCUGAGAGUUACCCAAUUGCAAAAGGUCUGCGCGGUGACCAGAUAGAGAGGCACUUGCAAGAAAUAUGUGUCAAGAAAGUUAAUGAAUUGUCACAAUAUCAGAUGAUAUGGACUGAUGAAGAUGGUUUCCUCCUAAAGCCACUCGCACCUGGAGAAUUGAUGACAAAAUACUAUCUAAAGUUUAACACAAUGAGGCACAUUAUACAGGCACCUGAAAACUGCAGCAUUGAAGACGCACUUCAUAUAAUAUGUUUGGCAGAAGAAAUUUCAUGGAUACAACUGAGAAGGAAUGAGAAGAAGUUUCUUAAUGACAUCAACAUUGAUAAAGAAGGCCGACUUCGCUUUCACAUCCUUGAUGACAACGGAAAGCGAAGAAGACGCAUUCAAACAAGAGAGCAUAAAAUAUUUAUUCUCGUGAAUGACUGCUUGACUGGUGCCCCUUUAGUGCGAGACAUGUCUAUGAGCCAGGACAUGAAUUCUAUUUGCUCAAAUGGAUCUAGGAUUGCUAAGUGCAUGAAAGAGUACUUUCUGUACAGAAAAUUCUACAAAGGGACAUUGAAUUCAACGGUGCUCGCCAAAUGUUUGCACCAAAAAUUAUGGGAUGAUAGCCCAUACUUGCUGAAACAAUUACCUGGCAUUGGAAUGGUCACUGCAAAGGCACUGCAUUCAAUGGGAGUGACAUCAUUUCAGACACUCCUCGAGGCUGAUCCAAGAAAGAUAGAGUUAGUGACUGGUAGAAAGUAUCCCUUUGGUAAUCACAUUAAGGACUCAUUGUUGUCCCUCCCCCCCAAGGUUGAUAUGACAGUGGAAGAAACUGAAGGCAAAAGAAUAGGGAAGUCGAAGCUACUCAUUACAUUAACCAGGCUAUCACAGCCACUGCAAUCAACUAGAAGACAUUAUGCUGAUUUGAUGGUUGGUGUAGAGGAAGAUAACAAGAUUUUGUUUUAUGAAAAGAUAAGAGUGGAGGAUUUCUCAAGCCCUUAUCAUGCAACAGUGUUGUUUUCAGCCCCUCAGCAAGGAAAGCUAACAAUCAAGGCGCAUUUGAUACACGAAGAGCACAUUGGCAUUGAUCUCCAUCAAAAGGUUAUUAUAACACCACCAGCAGAAUUAAAUUUCAUCCAGAAAUAUAGACCCAAAGAACCCUCCUUUACUCCCAUGGGUGCUAACAUCACAAAGGAUAACAUUGAUUCUAGUACUUCUCUGGUUACCUCCAAAGGUUCUGACUUCUUCAAUGAAUCCAUAGAGAACUCAGCCAUGCCAAGCUUCAAACUCUUAGAUGAAGAAUUUGAGGAAGAUGGACAACCUGUUGAAGCUGAAGAUGAUGAUUGCAAGAUUAUCACUGAAAGGACAGUAUUUGAUCAUAUUCGGAAGAAGGCUAAAAGUUUACCCUCAUUGCCCCUGACCAACGACAUAUCUUCUCCAUCAAUGGAGGUUUUCACACUCAUCCGAAAGCGCACUCGUGAGAUGCAUCUUGAACUUGAUAAUGGCAGUGAGAUUUUCCAAGUAGAAAAGAGCAGUAUUACUUCAAGAGAAAGUCAUGAAGUUAGAAAAUCAGUUCAAGAAAUACACAUUCUCGACGAAAAUUAUCCAGCUGAUAUGCCCGACAGUUCAAUUAGCUCUUAUCUCCGGGAAACAGUAACGUGGGAUGGAGAUGGCACAGAAAUCACUACACAGCAUCAGAAUGCUGAAUCAGGAAUGGUGACUGAAGGGAUCACAAUUCUUGAUCAUAUAAGAAAAAGGCCAAGAAACUUCCCGGUAGUCAAUAACCAUUCUGCAAUGGCGAAGAAUGAAAAUGAGGAUUCUUUAAUCUUUGGUGGAAGGAAUGCCAUUAAUCAGAUGUCCCCACGAUCACAGAAAGAUGAGCUUUGCUCGCUGACAAUGGCGGAAAAAGGUCAGAAGGAGAAAUCAUUUCUUGGGUUUCAGAGCGUGUUUUCGUUCCUCUAAAUCUCUGUCUUCAUCAAAGAAACAUAUUUCAAAACAGCUUGAGGAACAGUUUAGGACAGCAAUGAAGUAAACUCCAGUCGUGUAUUUCUUGGCGUAUCGUAAUGCAUUUGUUCUACCAGAGUACGUACGAUUGAUUGCCUUAUAGGAUUCGAAUUGGAUUUCCUUUUAAUUCCUUUGCUAACUAAAUAAUAAUGACCACA